GCUCUCCCGUACGAGAUCAGGACGUUUCUCGCAAGUCUCCUGGUCAACCUAAGAGUGCACCUUUGACGCCUCGAUCACCCUAUCGAGAAGAUAUGGAUGACGAUGAUGAUGAGGGUGGGUCAGGGUCCCCACGGAGUCGUUCGCGGAGUCUCGCGGAGUUUUUAAGCGAGACGGGUCCGCCCGGUGGGACGAUCGACGAGGUUCCACCUUUACCUGCUAUUCCAACGAUGCACCGGGCACAGCUGAGAGGCACCGUCACGAAUGUUCGGGGUGGGGUUGAUCCUAACGGGUAUGAUGCCUUGGCUACUGCGUCCGCUUUAGCAUCCUCUGUCUCUUCCCCCCCCUCCACUAAGGCUUCGCGUCCUCAAUCACUUGUGAGUUCUAGAACUGUGGUUGGGAUUGAGAACCAAGCACCACCGAAUUCGCGUGCGACUGGGUUGUGGCCUGCUACGCAUCCUAAUGCCCUCGGUCGGGGAGAAUUCUGCCAAGGAUGGGCUUCCGCGUACGGUAAAGAGGAAAGCUCUCCCUGGCCCAGCAAGGAAUCGGGACUCGGUGGAUUUGGACGAGUUGUUGAAGGACGAUACUGAUGGGAAAGUGGAAGAACCUAAGGACGACAAUCUUGUGCCUCCGGUUGUGCCCGUCCCUAAGCGGAAAACGUCGAACCUGGAGGCCAAGUCCGCUAUUGCCACGUCUUCGAGCUCGAGGGAUUUAUUGAUGUUCCUUGAGUCUGGUCCCCCCGAUGAUGAUUGUCCUCCGUCACCCCUCAGUCAGACUCCUUCCACUACUUCCGUAUCACGUUCCAAAAGUGGACGCUUCCUGAGCGUCAUGUCUCGAUUCCGUAAAGGGUCCAACGAUAGCUUAUCCUCUUUGGCUCCUUCUGAGUUUGGAGUGCAGAGGAAGGCGAACGCGAGUGUCAUGCCACGACAUCGAUCUCAGAGUAACCUUACGUCGUCGUCGGCAAGGUCGAUUGGUGCACUCCCUCCACCCCCUCCUUCAGCUUGGACUCCGCCCAUUCCGCCUACGCCUCCCAAGCCACCACAACCUGAUCCGAUCAUACCGCUUACACCCAUGCCUAGUAGUGAACCUAUAGUGGAAGGUCGGGGGCCUGUUACUCCUUCUCCUUCUCAAGCUAACGCUGGUGGUGGUGGUGCUGCUGCUGCUGCAAGCACCAAAACAACGACUCAAAAACAACAGCAACUACGACAGGUUUCGUCAUCGCCCUCUGUUUCUUCUACACCACCUGCACAAGUCCUUCCUUCACCUGUUUCGAUUCGUUUCAAGCCCGAGAAUAUGGACGUCAUUCGAACGUCGAUCUCCGUUGCACCACCUGAGAAUCGCGAGUCUUCACGGCAACAGCAGCAGCAGCAGCAACAACAGCAACAGCAAAAAUCCGUCCCUCCUGUGUCGAACUUGGUGACAGUUGACGUCGCUCGGGAUAGCUCCAUCUUUAUACCAGCUCGGAAAGUUACGCCUCCACCACGUUCUCCUCUGCGGCCGUCUCCCGGCGAAACGUCAUUUACCACUGCUGUUGAAGAGAUGUCGCCCGUACGGCCGACGUGGGAUCCUCAAGCACCACCUUCUCCUACAUCUCCUGUUAAACAUAUACCUCCACCCACCACCACCACCAUCACCAAGUCUCUCGAUGAUCUCGCUGUUAUUGGAGUGCGCAACAAUAACGACGACGACAACGACAAUUUCAAUGGUGGUGGCGAAGUCAACCACCCAGCACCAGCACCACCACCUGGAUUAGAUGAGUUGGUCACAACAUCGACGACGACGAAUAUGGAAAAACCCAAUCCCAUCGACGACGACAAGUUCUGGCAUACUCACGCUGAGGAACUGAGGCAUCUUUUGCGCCGGGCUCAAGAUGCGGAUGAGAGUCGGUUGUUGUUGGAUAUGUUCCUUAGUCGGAUGGGCGUUCCUUUUCCUGUUACCCCCCGUGACGACGUACCUUCGUCAUCAUUGCCAUCGCCAUCGUCAUCGUCAUCAUCAUCAUCAUCAUCAGAGCAGCAGAUACCGUCGCGGGCAAUACCGAGUGGAGAUGAGUCUGCCGUCGUUGAAAUGUUCUUGGGGGAUGGAUAUGGAACAUGGACUGCUCGGAACGUCGCUUGAAUGGUCGUGCUGGAACCGAGUAUCAUCAGUGUCUCAAGUUGAUUUUCCUUUUCCCCUUUUCUUCUUUCCGUUUCUCCUCUCCAAUUUGUGUCACGCAUGUUGAAUACUGCCCUUCAUAGGCCCACCAUAUAUCCAUAAAUCA